AGAAGAAGAAGAAGAAAGAAGAAGGAGACCGAGAAGCGGGGAAGCAGCAGCAGCAAGAGGAAGAGCCGGCUUCCCAGGGCUGCGACCGGCGAAGGGCUCCUGCAGAGGGGGCUGCUUGCUUGCAAAGAGCCGGGCGAAGAGUGGCGACCCCGGCAGGCGCUUUUUGCAGGAAGCUGCCUUUGCCUCUCCGCAGCCUUUUCUAGAGCUAUGCGAGGCAAAGGCUCCUGUCAAAGAAGCGGCGGCAGCUCCUGAACCGCCGCCCCCCCCCGGCACCUCUCUCUCCCUCGCUGCCGCCCGCUGUUGAAUGAAGGCGGGGAAACCAGCAGCAAAGCGACGCCAGGAGAGAGGCGCGGACGCUCCAGAGAAACGGCGGCGACUCCUCUCCCGCGCGCGCCUGUGCACAGGCUGGAGAUCGCUGGCGACUGCCGAGCUCCGCCCGAAGCAUGCCGCCGCCGUGUCCACGGAGCCCCCGUCGCCCUUGGUCGGGUGGCGUGGAGCGGGGGGACUCCUGCGCUUCCAGCAACCUCGGGGAAGGGAGGCAGGGAGGGAGGGCAGCCGAUCUGGCAGCUCCGGCUGCGGUUAACUCCUUCGCUGCCGCUGCUUGGAGGAAAGGAAGGUCCUGGGGGCUGGUUUGUGCGACCCCCGCGAGACUACAAGGGGAGGUUCUUCGGCGGAAAGGAGCGCGCGUCGGAUCUCGGGCGUCCCCGCUGGAAAGAACGGUGAUGAAGCUGGGCAACCCGGAGAUCGCUCGGCAGCUGCUUCGGCGGGGCGCCGACCCGGACCUGAAGGACCGCACCGGCUUCGCCGUCUUGCACGACGCGGCGCGCGCGGGCUUCCUGGACACGCUGCAGACUUUGCUGGAGUUCAAUGCGAACGUGAACGUGGAGGACGCCGAGGGCAACCUGCCCUUGCACUUGGCCGCGCAGGAGGGCCACCUGCCCGUCGUGGCCUUCCUUCUGGAGCGCACGGCCAGCCGCGUGGGGCACCGCAACAGGAAGGGCGACACCGCCUACGACCUGGCUCAGCUCUACAGGAGGAGCGCCGUCGCCAAGCUGCUGGAGGGCCGCGCAGGAGGCAGCGGGCGGACGGAGGGCGCCGACGGCAGCGGGGACUGAAGCCCCUGGCCGCGCCUGGCUCGCUCGGACUCCGGCAGAAGGAGGGAGAGCUUCUGCCUUCCCUGCCCACCCUCUCCCGCCCCUUCUCCCCCUGUCCCGUCUCUCCAUCUUAACCAAACCACACCAGUAAAUAUUGUAGGUCUCUUUCCAUUGCAGACGUGGGGGUGAUUUUCUUUCUUUCUCUGGAAGAAGAAGAAAUAUCACGCCAGUAGCAGCAGCUUUUCUCAAAGGCGGGAGAAUAAAACCAGCCUGACAGCCGGUGGCUUUCUCUCUCUCUUUCUGUCUCUCUCUCGCUCUGUGCCUCUGUCUCUCUUAAUUCUUUUUUUACUCGGUUUAUUCCGUCCCUUAAAAAAAAAAACAACCUCCCCUGCCAACACAACUUGCAUAAGGACCUUCUUUAUGUUUGCAGAUGACUUUCCUCUUUCUUCUUCUUUUAAAGAUCUUUGAAAGUUUACUGUGAUUUCUCCUCCCCUCCCCUGAAUAUCAUCUUGCCUAACAAAAGUUAAAAGAAUAUGAAAAAAACACAUGAAGGAGUGUGUGACAUGAUGUGAAAAGGGCUUCUUUGCCCAAAAGGGGGAAGUAAGAGGGAGGGGAAUAAGAACUUUGGUUGUGUUUAGAUACAUCUAGAUACUUAACUAGAUGGUGACACUAACAAAAGCUUUUAAUUUUGUAUUUCUUGCGAUUGUGGCUGCCAUCCUAAACCAUUUGCAGUGCAAUCCUAUAUGUGUGUAUUCAGAAGGAAGUCCCACUGAGUUCAAUGGGGCCAAAUCCUGGAUUGCAGCCUUGAUUUGAAGAAAGUGAUGUUGAAAUCAUUGGGAUUUACUUCAGAGUAAACGUGUUUAGGAUUGAGGUUUAGUGGGUUAACAGAGUGUGUCUGUGCUGGGGCAGGGGAGGGAGAGAAGCAAAACGUGUCUGGGUGUUUGUUUUAAUGUCGAAGGUUCAGAAAUUCAUCAGGAAAAAAGUAUUUGCUUUUUAUAGGUUUGUUUAUAAAGAUCAGUUUUCCCCUCGCUGAAUUUCACAUGAAUAAGGUUUUACCAAUUUGCUUUUCACAAAAUGAUAUUAUGACCACAAACACAGCAGUUUCGAAAACUGACCUUGCAAUAUGGAGAUUAAUUCAUAAGAUUAACUUGUGUUUACUGCCUUUUGGGGAGUGCUCCAAGAACGAGUCUUGUUUGGUUGAACACCAUUUACUCCAGAUAGUUCCAUUUGUUCUCACAUAAUGAAGCCAGAACAAGAAUGUCUUGUUAUGGGUUAAGAUUUGAAAACCGAGGUCAAAGCCUGCUUUUAGAAAGUCAAUGAAUCAUCUUAAACGUCAUUAUAUUGAAUAAAAGCUGAAGGAUUUAAAACAUAUUUUAAAAGCAAAAAUGAGAAGGGGGGAAGUGAUUUAAAAUGGACAGUUUGAGUUCUGGUUUUUAAGCUUUCCAGUAGAAAAAAAGGAAGGGUGUUAAAAACAUUUAUUUUGCAUAGGAAUAAACUACAAAAUCUAUAAGAGUUUUAUCACAUAUUUAAAAUGCUCUCACUUCUGAUACUGCUUUCUGAUUAAAAGCCUCAAUGUGUUGCGAA